UUUAACUAUAUAUUCAAUAACCCUAAAAACAAAUCACAUCACUACCGCCGUCUACGGCUUCCAUUUUACCGCCUAUUUCCGCCGCCGCCUCUCUACUGCCGUUUCUGCUGAUUUCGCGUGGAGGGAUUGGCGAUAACCAGUCAAUAAGAUUUGAGUGUGGGUAGGGAAGGGAAAGUUUUGUUCUUCAUGGGUACUAAAAGUGCCGCGAGUGAUGGGCAUGAGAGACAGAAACGUGAGGGUAAAGACAAAAAUGUGUCUAAGAGAACUGAAGAUGACAGUGAAGUAAGUGCCGCUAAAAGUGCGGCUGAUGAGGUAGAGAGGAAGAAGGAAAGGAAGAAGGAAAAGAAGAUGAAAAGGAGUGAGUUAAAGAAGAAGCAGAGUAGUGAUAAUGUUAGUAACGAUGAUGAUGGGCACGAGAGACAAAAAUGUGACGAUGAACCUGAAGCUGACAGUGAAAUUGGUGCUGCUAAAAUUGUGGCUGAUGUAGUUUUAAGUAACCAUGAGGUAGAGAAGGAGAAGGAAAAGAAGACGAAAAGGAGCAAGUCAAAGAAGCGGAGUAGUGAUGAUGUUAUUAACGAAGAUGAGAAUGAGCACGAGAGACAAAAACGUGAGGUUAAAGAAAAAAAAGUGUCUAAGAGACGAGAAGCUGACAAUGAAGUAACUGCUGCUAAAACUGUGGUGGAUGCAGAUGUAAAUAACCAUGAGGGUGAGAAGGAGAAGGAGAGGAAGAUGGAAAAGAAGAUGAAAAAGAGCAAGUCAAAGAAGAAGCAGAGUACUGAUAACAUUGUUAACAAAGAUGAUGAUGGGCAUGAGAGACGAAAAUCUGAGGAUAAAGUCAACAAUGUGUCCAAGAGACCUGAAGCUGACAGUGAAGUAUGUGCUGCUAAAUUCGUGGCUGAUGUAGAUCUAAUUAACCAUGAGGUUGAGGAGGAAAGGAAGAAGUUGAAAAGGAGCAAGUCAAAGAACAAGCAGAGUAGUGAUAGUGUUACUAACAAAGAUGAGAAGAAGAGGAAAAAGCGGAAGAGAGAACAUAUAACAAGCGAAGGAGUUGAGGCUGACAGUCCGUCAAAAAAAUCUGCAUCCAAAGGAACAUCUAAGAGAGUUAGUUUUUCUGAGGGGGUGCAGAUUUUUGAAUCAUCUGAUGAUCCAAGUGAUGGGGAGACUGAUCAGAACAAGAAACUUGUGCGAGGGAAACGAUUCUCACCCGAGGAAGAUGAACUAGUUAAAACAUCCGUUUUAAACUAUAUCAAUAACCAGGGAUUAGGUGAAGAGGGUCUUCAAAAAGUUCUGCACUGUAAGAAGCAUCCUGAAUUAAAGCAUUGUUGGAAGGAAAUAGGAGCAGCCCUACCUUGGAGGCCGUCGGAGAGUGUUUAUUAUCGAGCGCAUAUCUUGUUUGAAAGGGAUGAGAACCGUUCUUGGACAGAAGAAGAGUUGGAACUUGUGCAGAAGUUUCAUGAUAAGUAUGGGCCUGACUGGAAAACAUUGGCAGAUGCACUUGGAAAACAUAGGGUUCAUGUAAAAGAUGCAUGGCGUAGAAUUAAGUUAGCAAAUAGGAAUAGAGGAAAGUGGUCUCAAGAGGAGUAUCAGAAUUUAUUUGAUCUAGUAAACAUGGAUCUGCGUAUGAAAGCUUUUGAGGAAAGAAGGUUGACUAAACAUGGAAUGCUGCGGGACAACAUCGCUUGGACAGCAAUUAGUGACAAGCUGGGGACUAGAACUACUCCAAUGUGCUGCAUGAAGUGGUAUAAUCAAUUAACAUCGCCUAUGGUAGCGGAUGGUGAAUGGUUUGAUGUGGAUGAUUACCAUCUUCUGAUUACUUUAUAUGAAUUGGACGCAUGCUGCAUGGAAGAUGUGGAAUGGGAUGAUCUUCUGGAGCAUAGAACCGGUUAUAUAUGUCGAAAGAGAUGGAGCCAAAUGACAAGAAACCUUGAUGGGGAUAGGCAUAUGUCUUUUGCUAACCAGGUUGAAGUUCUGAUUAAGCGGUACUGCCCAGAUGUGCUUGAAGCGAGAGAAGCUUAUUAUAGCAAACCUGUAGCUUGAACUUUGUGGUCCGUGUCCAGCAAACCUGUACAUGCAUUUGCUGAAGCUGUUGCAACAUAGAAAUUUAUAUGGAAUCAGAAAUGAUUUGUUUUUACCAGGCGUCCAGUGUUUCUGUGUCCCUUGCUUAGUGAGGGACAGCAGUAUCUUUUGAGAGUUUUGUUUUGCAAAAGGAAAUUUAUUGCAUAAGAUAAUCUAGAAUCUCUAUAGGUUUCCAGUUUUCCCCUUGUUAAACUACUUUUAUAGUGUAAGUCAAAGAUUAAUUUAAUGUGAGAGGCAAUUUGAUGAUCC